AUGGAGACGUCGCGUAAACGUAUAACUCUUGGCAACACUCACUCUGGAGACGCUAUCGACGCCAAUGAAUGGUGUUUCGCAUCCAAUCACUUCUUGUACUAUACUAUUGAUGGCAAUGUAGGCAAACGUUUUGUGAUAAUUAUUACCACAAAACAGACCAAAACUUGUCAAACAGAUAGCGAAAGUGUGGUAAUAGUGUUGAAAAGUGACGCCAAUAGUGAGUCAACUGAGCGUACAUUCAGUGGGCUUUCAUUUGUUUUUGUGAUACCUUUGGAGCGAAGUAUGGAUCAGAAUAGGGAUGAAAGUAGUGGUCGUUUGGAUGAAAUGAGUGAUAGAUUAAGUGGUUUGCGAUUACACGACAGCGAUGGCAAUGAGUUGGGAGAGGGAACCAGUUGUCUGUCGAAUGGAUCCCAAAGUGAUGUC